AUGGCCCCUUUACGUCUUCGGGUCGAGGGUCAGUCCUUCCGAGACCCUCACAACCGAGAAAUUACGCUUAGAGGAAUCAACGUCGCGGGCGAUGCGAAAUACCCCAAGACACCCGACACCCCCUCCUACAUUGCGGAUAAGUUCUUUGAUGGAGACAACGUCUCGUUUGUCGGACGGCCCUUCCCACUGCAAGACGCCCAUGUCCAUUUCAAAAGGCUGAGGAAAUGGGGUUACAACACCAUCAGGUACAUUUUUACCUGGGAAGCCAUUGAGCAUGCCGGGCCCGGAAUCUACGAUCAAGAGUGGAUUGACUUCACAAUUGAAGUCCUCCGGAUAGCCAAGCAAUAUGAGUUUUAUAUCUUUAUGGAUCCGCAUCAGGAUGUGGUAGUGGUCUCGGUUUUCGGGGGUUCUGGAGCGCCCAUGUGGACGCUCUAUGCAGCAGGUCUGAACCCCAAGACCUUCAAGACCACAGAAGCUGCCUUAGUGCAAAACACAUAUGAUGUCCCUGCGACAUUCCCGAAGAUGAUUUGGAGUACAAACUAUACCAGAUUAGUUUGCCAAACCAUGUUCACGUUGUUCUGGGCUGGACGAGACUUUGCUCCCAAGGCUGUCAUUGACGGAAUGAACAUCCAAGAUUAUCUUCAAAGUCACUUCAUUGAUGCAUGUGCUCACUUGGCACAAAAGAUCCACGAUGCAGGGGAUCUCGAUGGCGAUGUGAUUAUUGGCUGGGAGAGCAUGAAUGAGCCCCAUCGUGGCAUCAUUGGCGUACAAGACAUAUCAGUUGUUCCACCCGAGCAGCAGCUCCAACUCGGAACUUCUCCAACAGCGUUCCAGGCCAUGCUCACCGGCUCAGGGCGAGCAUGCGAGCAGACAACAUGGGCCUUUGGUAACUUUGGUCCUCACAAGACUGGCACGGAAUUGGUAGACCCUGCAGGUGACAUUGCUUGGUUGCCAGCUGAUUACGACGACAGCAAGUAUGGCUGGGAACGGGAUUCCGGAUGGAAACUUGGGGAGUGCAUCUGGGCACAGCAUGGAGUGUGGGACCCAUCCACCGACACGCUCCUGCAGAAAGACUACUUUUCGAAGAAUCCCCAGACCGGCGAGGCGUUGGACUAUGAAAAGUUCACCAACUCAUAUUUCCUGGAUCAUUACAGAGCAUACAAGAACGCCAUACGAAGUAUCUGGUCAGAAGCAAUCAUGUUCUGCCAGCCACCUGUUAUGGAAGUUCCCCCAGAUGUCAAAGGCACACCUGACGAUGACCCCAAUAUGGUCCAUGCAGUUCAUUACUAUGACGGGCUAACUCUUUUGACGAAGCAUUGGAAUCGUCUCUACAACGUGGAUGUCAUCGGUGUGCUUCGCGGCAAGUACCUCACCCCGGCGUUCGCUCUUAAGAUCGGCGAGUCGGCUAUUCGAAACUGUUUGCGUGACCAGCUCAAGUUUCUCCGUGAGGAAAGCCGGAACUACAUGGGCUCUCACCCUCUAGUUUUCACGGAGAUUGGAAUACCAUACGACAUGGACGACAAAUACGCAUACAAGACUGGUGACUACAGCAGUCAAACUAGUGCCAUGGACGCCAAUCAUUUUGCGCUGGAGGGCAGUACGUCUAACGGCUAUACUCUCUGGGUAUACGUCACGCAAAAUGACCACGAAUGGGGUGAUCAGUGGAACGGAGAGGAUCUGUCCAUCUUCUCUCACGACGAUCUGGAAUUGCCUAGCAACAGUGCUCGGUCCGCUAAUCCCCAUUCUCCGGCAUAUUCUGAAAGUCAAAGUAGUGGAGACGAACCAGAUGUCGGGCCCGGGAACCUCAAGGGUGCUUUGGUUACUCCUUCGAUCUCUAGUGAUCGGUCCAAGCUGUCUAUGCAACAGGGCCAGGGCCAGGGCCAGGGAUACCGCGCUGCAGAAGCCUACCUCCGUCCGAACCCGACCUAUGUCAGCGGCAAAUUGGAUAGUCAUGUGUUUGAUCUGAAGACUUGCACAUUUACCCUCUCGUUGACGGCCAAAGGACCUACCUCAGCUACCGCGCCGACUGAGAUCUAUCUCCCGGACUUCCAUUUCCCACAGGAUAGCCUGGUGGUCACCGUCAGUGGUGGGAAAUGGGACAUCGAAAAUCAGGAUAUCCAAGGAGUCAAACUACCCUAUCUACGAUGGUGGCAUGCGGAGGGACAGCAAGAGAUCACGAUUGAGGGAUACAGGCGCAAACCUGGGGAGAUUGCUAACCCAGCUGGGGAAGAUGUCUCGUAUUUGGAACAAUGCCAAAAGGGUCAAUGUACGGUGAUGUGA